AUGACGCUGGUGGAGCAACUGCAGAGUCUCUCCGCCCCCUUCUACCGCGCGCUAUCCCGCGCGGCCCUGGGGAAGCGGUCGGUCCCCGCGCUGCUGCUGUUCGUGCUGGCGGUGGUGCUCUCGCUCGCCGUGUGGGCCGCGCCAUGGCUCACCGCCCCCCCCGACAUGCUAUCGUCUCCCGGCCCCACGUCCGCGGAGCUGUACGAGGCAUGGGCGCAGCUCUUCGCGCUCGACUCGCCCCUCCCCCCGUCCACCAUCACCAUGCGCGCAUCACUUCCCCCCCCGCCCCACCUGGAGGACUGCGCCGCGCGCACUGCCUUCCGCCUCGCCACCGAGCGCACAGGGGGGGGAGGGACGGGCGCGGAAGGGGAAAAGGGGGAGGAGGAGGUGGAGGGCGAAGCACCGGAGUGGGCGCGGGCGACUGCUGCAUGUGGCAAUGUGCCGCAGCCCCCAUGGGUGAGGGGGGCGGACGCGGCGAAUCUGGGGAGCACGCGGGAGGUGCAGAGGGACCUGUGGGCACACCAGUUCCCCCCCGGCCCGUGUGAGGGCCGCCGCCUGCUGCUCGUGCACUGGCCGCACCCAGACCUCCCUCCUGCAGAUGCUGCCGUCACCACCAGCAGCGGCAGCAGCGGCAGUGGCGAGAGCAGUGGGAGUGGCAGCGCCAGCAGCAGCGGCGAAAGCGGUAACAACAGCAGCGACAGCAGCGGUGCAGGGAGUGGGCAAGGCGGCGACAUCGGUGUUGUUAGGAGUGCAGUGAGUGCGAGGGUGGUGGCAGAGCUGGUGGCGGCGAUGGCAGGGGCGCUGAGUGUGGCGGUGAGCAGCCAGCGCGUGCUGGUGCCCAUGCCAGGCUCCUUCCUCCCCGCCAACCACUCCCACUGCCACGCGGUGAAUGAGUCGGGGUCGCUGCACUGCUACUUCUUCCGCUCCGUGUCGCCUGCAUGUGAGGCAGCAGCCAUGCAGCAGUACCGCGCUGCCGGCUCGCCCCCCUGCCGCCCGCUCUCCCACCUCGCCAAUGCCGUUGCCUCCAACGACUCCCUUGUCUGUGCCCUCGCCACCCUCGACCCGUCCUCUCGCUCACACUCUGCUGCUGCGAGGGCGUGGGCGGAUGCAUACAAGCAGCGGCCUUACCUGGUGGAGGAGAGGGGCCUGAUGGUCAAUGCCACAGAGGAGCACAUGCAGGCCUACUGGUGGCAGGCCCAAGCCCUGCGCUUCCUGCUGCGCUGGCCCUCCGCGCUGCUGUGCCACGCCACCAACCGCAUGCGCCACUCCGCGUACGGGCUGCAAGCGGCGCAGCAUUCAGCGGAGUACAUGACAGAGCAGCGCGAGAUAGUGGCUGCUCUCCGCUCCGACCCGCCAGACCCAAACCCUGGGGUAAACCUGCGAGCAGAGGCUGUUAUACUGAUUGGAGCAGCUGAGGAGGAGGGGGAUGUGCCCGAGGAGAAGCCGCGGGCGCUGGUGACGUACGAGAGGGUGGGCAGGGAGGUGGGCAUGCCACGGCCGGUGGUGAGCAUGCAUGUGGAGCAGCAGGUGGGCGACCAGGCGGAUGCGCUGCUGCCGCUGCUCUCGCUGGCCUACCGCCUGCGCCACCUCAACCCCGCGCUCUUUUUCCGCGCCCACUUCCAACCUGGACCUCCUCCUCAUUUCAGCAGAGUCUGA